AUGACCUCUCCGCUAUUGAAUUUCGAUCGAACUGGUGAGACUCCUCACAGCAAAGCCACGCAAGGCAUGGCUUUGACUUGUCCAAGCGAGAUGCAGGACGGUAGGGCUCUGUGGAGGUCGAGAUUUGGUUGCCGAAAUUGCAAGCUUCGAAAACUCAAGGUGGGCCCCAGGCUUCCAAUACUCCGAUUCUUGGCUGACGGAGCUUCCUUGGCCUACCCGUGCGACGAAAACAAGCCACAGUGCAAGAGAUGUGGUUCAUUCGGGGUAUUAUGCAACUUCAUGUCUAACAUCCCAGACCUCCAGCCCGUCGCCGCUGACACAGGGCGACCAUUGGUGGUUCGAGGAAAAGCACAGCUUCAGCCCCCUCUCACAAAUGCUGUUUUGGACAUCUGGCUCAUCGACAUCCUAUCAAUUAAACGCAAAGUGUCAAGAUUUUAUAACCCGGUAUCUUGGACGAACCUUCACCGUGAGUUCUCUCAUAUCAAUCCUGUCCUAUUAGACAUAAUGGAAUCCAGAUUAUCCAUCAUGGGCCUGAGCACGGCUAACAUAUGGUUUACAGUACCCUUUCUUAAUGCACGCCUCUCGCUUACAUAUGAUCGCCAUCUGAAUGGCUCCUUAGGCUGUCGUCGCACUGUAGAAGAGUGUUAUCACUGGUCUCAAAGCACUGUUCUCUUGGACAAGCGGCUAAGGGAACCCAUUGAAGACAAAGAUAAGGAUCAAUCUGGGGUACUGCGGCUGCUCUGGUUAUCUUAA